GCGUUCAGAUGAGUGGCCGCCUGAGUGCUACGCUGGAGCUGGGGCGGAGAGGCAGGACACAGGUUCUCGGCCGCCCCUCGAAGCUCUCGCGACGCCGACCUCCGUGCCAGAAUGGCUCGGGGCGAGCGGCGGCGCCGCGGCGCGCCGGUAGAUGGAGCGCGGGGAGCGGAGGGGGCGGCUCGGGGCGGCCCCGCGCGACGGGAAAGCCGCGGCGGCGUGGCCCGGGGCACGGUCGCGGCAGCAGUUUUGGUCAUCGUGGUGCUGCCUCUGGCCCUGACCCUGUCGGGAAGCUGGCUGCUGGCGUGGCACCGUGCGCGGCGGGCGGUCACGCUGCACUCCGCGCCCCCGGCGCUGCCUCCCGACUCUUCUAGCCCCGCCGUGACCCCCGACCUCUUCUGGGGCACCUACCGCCCUCACGUCUACUUCGGCAUGAAGACCCGCAGCCCGCAGCCCCUCCUCACCGGACUGAUGUGGGCACAGCAUGGCACCACCCCUAAGCUCAGGCACACGUGUGAGCAGGGGGACGGCGUGGGUCCCUAUGGCUGGGAGUUCCACGACGGCCUCUCCUUCGGGCGGCAACACAUCCAGGAUGGGGCCUUAAGGCUCACCACUGAAUUCGUCAAGAGACCCGGGGGUCAGCACGGAGGGGACUGGAGCUGGAGAGUGACUGUAGAGCCUCAGGCCUCAGGUACCUCUGCCCUCCCUUUGGUGUCCCUGUUCUUCUAUGUGGUGACAGAUGGCAAGGAAGUCUUAGUGCCAGAGGUUGGAGCUAAGGGCCAGUUGAAGUUCAUCAGUGGGCACUCCAGUGAACUUGGUGACUUCCGUUUUACACUUCUGGCACCAACCAGUCCAGGGAAUACUACUCCCAAGUAUGGCAGCUACAAUGUCUUCUGGUCCUCCAACCCAGGACUUCCCUUGCUGACAGAGACGGUGAAGAGUCGCCUAAAUAGCUGGUUUCAGCAUCGGCCCCCAGGGGCUUCCCCUGAACGCUACCUUGGCUUGCCAGGAUCUCUGAAGUGGGAGGACAGAGGCCCGAAUGGGCAAGGACAGGGACAAGGGCAGUUCCUGAUACAACAGGACACAGAGUUGCAGAGAAAGCUGGACCACGAGAUCCGGAUGAGGGAAGGGGCCUGCAAGCUGCUGGCAGCCUGUUCCCAGCGUGAGCAGACUCUGGAGGCCACCAAGAGCCUGCUGGUGUGCAACAGCCGCAUCCUCAGCUACAUGGGCGAGCUGCAGCGGCGCAAGGAGGCGCAGGUGCUGGGGAAGACCGGCCGGCGGCCUUCUGACGGCGGGCUGCUGGCUGAGCGCUCCCCCUGCCGAGGCCGCGUCUGCAUCUCUGACCUCCGGAUUCCACUCAUGUGGAAGGACACAGAGUAUUUCAAGAACAAAGGCGAUCUGCACCGCUGGGCUGUGUUCAUGCUGUUGCAGCUCGGGGAGGACAUUCAGGACACAGAGAUGAUCCUAGUGGACAGGACCCUCACGGACAUCUCCUUUCAGAACCAUCUGCUCUUCACCGAGGCAGGGCCAGACUUCAAGCUGCGGCUGGAGCUGUAUGGGGCCUGCAUGGAAGAGGAGGGGGCCCUGGCUGGUGCCCCCAAGAGGCUUGCCACCAAACUCAGCAGCUCCCUGGGUCGCUCCUCUGGGAGGCGUGUCAGGGCAUCGCUGGAGAGUACUGGGGGUUCGGGGAGCAGUCCUGUCCUGCUCCCCACCCCGGCUGUGAGUGGUCCUCGUUACCACCUCCUGGCUCACACCACGCUCACCCUGGCAGCAGUGCAAGAUGGGUUCCGCACACAUGACCUCACUCUCGCCAGCCAUGAGGAGCACCCUGCCUGGCUGCCCCUGUAUGGCAGCGUGUGUUGCCGCCUGGUGGCUCAGCCUCUCUGCAUGACGCAGCCGACUGCAAGCGGCUCCCUCAGGGUGCAGCAAGCUGGGGAGCGGCAGGACUGGGCACGAGUGCACGGAGUCCUGAAAGGCACGGACCUCUUCUGUUACCGGCAACCUGAGGAUGCAGACACUGGGAAAGAGCCGCUGUUUACUAUUGCGAUCAACAAGGAUACUCGAGUCCAGGCAGGGGAACUGGACCAGACCACAGGCCGGCCCUUCACUCUGAGCAUCAGUAACCAAUAUGGGGAGGACAAGGUGACACACACCCUUCAGACAGAGAGUCGGGGAGCCCUGCAGAGCUGGAUGGAGGCCCUGUGGCAGCUUUUCUUCGACAUGAGCCAGUGGAAGCAGUGCUGUGAUGAAAUCAUGAAAAUUGAAACCCCGGCUCCCCGGAAACCACCCCAAGCACUGGCCAAGCAGAGGUCCUUGUACCAUGAGAUGGCUAUUGAGCCUCUGGAUGACAUCGCAGCAGUGACAGAUAUCCUGGCCCAGCGGGAGGGCGUGAGGCUGGAGACGACCCCACCCUGGCUAGCCAUGUUUGCAGACCAGCCUGCCCUGCCUCGCCCCUGCUCGCCUGCCUCAGUGACCCCAGCUCGGACCCACCCCCUGCCCUGGGGGCGCCCCAGAACAUUCUCCCUGGACGCUGUGCCUCCAGACCACCCCUCCGAGGCUCCCCGCUUGGUUGCCCCUCUCCCCCCACACCGAUCCCCACGUUCUAGAAGCCUCUGCCGCAAAGGCUCGCCCCGCACUUGGCUCCAGUCACCAGUGUGAGGAAGGUGCUGGCAGCAGGAUCCGGCCAGGAGAGGAGAGGACCUGUGCGCCUGGGCUCUGGAGACGGUGCUGUCUGCAGCAGGUUGGCCAGUGGCCUCCCUUCCUCAGCUGGACUGGGGGUAGGUGGGGGGAUGGGGAGCCGAAGCCCCUCUUAAGCUAUGGUUGUCAUGGUGCUGAGGGACUCAUUCCCAGGGCUGGCUGGGGCCCCCCUGAACCCUUCCUGGGAGAAAACUGGAACCAACCCUGCCCUACCUCCUGCACUAACCAGCUUUGAGGAUGGCACUGGAGAGCGCCGGGAGGGAACACACCUUCCUUGUGACUCCUUCAUCAACCAUUAAAGUUAUUUAACAGCA